GCCUCGGUCUGGAAAGGACGUACGUUUUACAGUGAACGCAGCUAGCUGAUAGUUGGCUGGAUGAGUUCUGCUUCGGUGGUUGAUUUUUGCAAAUUUGUGUACUAUGCGGUAGAGCACGUGCUCGCUAGUGGCUGAGAUUUCUUGUUGGGGUUUAUUUAUGAAUUUAGACAUGCUAGACGAGAGUAAAAGUUGAAGCAGGGAAAGUGAAAAUAGUUUUGUCAUGUCUAUCAGAUGUUUACCAGGUUUUGAAUAGAACAAAUAGAGCUUUUGUUCUAUAUAAAAAGAAGGUAGCUCUGCUCUGCCAAGCAGUGUUUGUGUGUGUGGCCAAAACAGUUGUGUUAGAUCAAUAUCUGGGGUCUUAUUUAUUCCAAUGAGGAAUUUGCUGAGUGAGCUGAAAUUUUAAGUGUUUCAUAGCACCGAACAGUUUAUGGAAGAAGGAAAUCAACCUCAAACAAGCGUAAUUCGAUCAAGUGUGCCCGACAGAGCUGUGUAGUUCGUGAAGAGGCAGGCGCUUUGCGAUAGGAUCGAGAGGAAGCAAGGAAGCGGAAAUAUGGCCGGAUUUGCCUCCCAGGCGGCCCUUCGCUCAAAAUGGGGCGACCUGGUCGACAGUGGAUCCGCCAGUAUCGAAACCUCGGAAGUGUCCCAGGGACUGAAGAAUGUCGUCGGUUGGCUCAAACAGGCAUCAGUCGAGGUACGAGAAGCCGGUAAAAGGGCCGUCACACAGCUACAGACCAGCACACCGAGUCUGCUGCACCUGAAUCCUGGUGCACUGAUCAAACAGGGCGCACAACCGAAUGAACUAGACAGUAUGACGAGCUCCGUGCCGAACAAUGAUAAGCUAACCCUCAUACACUACAACGAUGUGUAUAACAUUGAUGCCACCUCCAAGCAGGAACCGAUCGGUGGUGCGGCUCGGUUCGCUACUGCAGUCAAAUCUUUCGAUCACUUGAACCCGCUGGUCUUGUUCAGCGGGGAUGCGUUCUCGCCCAGUAUGUUGAGUACCUUUACUCGAGGCGAACAGAUGGUGCCGGUGCUAAACACCGUUGGGACGCACUGUGCGGUGUUUGGAAAUCAUGAUUUCGAUCACGGCUUGGACGUACUGACCGAGUGGAUCGAAAAGUCCAACUUCCCCUGGCUGAUGUCCAAUGUGGUCGAUGACGAAACCGGGCGGCCACUGGGUGGCGGGAAAAUCACACACAUUCUACACCACAACGACGUAAAGGUCGGUCUGAUUGGGCUAGUGGAGAAGGAAUGGCUCGAUACACUGCCCACGAUCGAUCCGAACGAGGUGACGUACAUUGACUUCAUCAAGGCCGGUAACCAGCUGGCAGAUGAGCUGCACAAUCAGGGUUGUGAUAUUAUCAUUGCUUUGACUCACAUGAGGACGCCGAAUGAUAUCGAACUAGCUAAGCACUCCGGGUAUAUUGAUUUGAUACUGGGUGGCCACGAUCAUGUGUUUGAGAUACUGAAUAUCGAGGGCACGCACGUGGUGAAAUCGGGAACCGAUUUUCGGCAAUUCUCCCGAAUUGGAAUUGACACGGAGCGGAAUGAGCAGGGAAAGAUUAGCAUUACGGUGGAGAAGAUUGAUGUAAACUCAACAAAGUACAACGAAGAUCCGAGUUUGAAGGAGGAACUGAAGAAGUACUCCGAAACGAUCGAAUCCAAAAUGGAUGAGGUGUUGGGAACGUUCUCGGUUGAAUUGGAUGGUCGAUUUGCAUCGAUUCGCACGUCGGAAACGAAUUUAGGUAAUUGGAUCUGUGAUAUAGCGCUAGCUGCGACCGGGGCGGAUGCGGUCAUGAUUAACUCAGGAACAUUCCGGUCCGAUCGCAUUCAUCAGGCUGGUCCAUUUACGAUGCGAGAUUUGGUUAAUGUUAUUCCUAUGCAAGAUCCGCUUAUUGUGGUGGAAGUGACCGGGAAAAUUCUUCACGAGGCGUUGGAGAAUUCGGUUUCUACCUAUCCCAAGCUGGAGGGACGCUUCCCACAGGUUGCCGGAAUGUCAUUCGCUUUUGAUCCAACGCAACCUCCAGGAAGACGAGUGGAACCGUUGCUGAUUCGAGUCGGAGACGAGUGGCUUAAUCUCGAACAAACCUACACUCUCUGCGUGAAAAGUUAUAUUCACGGCGGUUGUGAUGGUUAUACAAUGUUCAAGGGUUGCAAAGUACUGAUGGAUGACGACGCGGCACCCGAGCUUGGGCUGGCAAUUCAGAACCACUUCAAGGCGAUUGAUGUUCGAAUGGGGAAGACACAUCACACCAAGCAUCGACAGUCGCUGGUGACGCUGUCUCGAAGACACAGUAUGGUUCAGAUGCUGGAGAAUCUCGAGUUGGAUGGACCGACACCGAUUCGGCGGAAAUCUACCGUCCUACAGCCUCGACAUGCUAGUAUGGAGCAUGUCAACCGAGGAAAGCUACUGAGGCGAGCAUCUCUGGAUGAUCUGGAACAAAACAGCUGCCAGUUAGCACCCACGAUUCAACAUCGAAUAGUUGUAGUGCAAAAUCAAGAUCACAUGCACGAAAUGAUCCUGCGGCGACAGACCAUGGAGAAGAAUUCGGUAAUUGCCGAAACGGAUGAACUUACGCCGUAAGUCCUUCGAGUGCGUGUAAAAUGGGCUGUGCCACAACGAUCGUUUUUAUAGGCUCAUUCACUAGUUUGUUAUUUAUUUUUAUCAUUAACAUUUUGGCGAUUUUAACACGAAAUCAUUUUUGUUAUAAUUGCUAAUGAACAGUGCAGGUUUAAAGUUUUGAUGAUUACAUUGAUCAUUCUGCUAUUGCAUCUGUAUUUUAACAUUAUCCGCACUAGAAAUGCUCAACAUGAAACACUAAGCACGCCUUCAAGAAAAAGGCCCAGCUAGACGGUAAGACCCGAUCAAACAAAAACUGAUAGUCUUUCUGUUUGUAUACUAACAGUAUGAGCUUGUGUUCUAAUGCGUAAUACUAUAAGGUGUGACAUCAUUCGUGAUAAAGACAAAUUUUAGCCAUGCAUAUACCAGUUCAGAAAACGAAACAGAUUAGUCCGCCCUUUAAUUAAUAAUGGAACACAAAACUGAUUCGACUAUCAGUGACAAACUUCAAGUUAACGGAAUAUUACUUUUAUUAAAUCUUCCCGCCGGCAGUGUUAGCAUUGAAGGAUUCUACCAAUACCACAAUGGAAGGCUUAUGGUGUGAAUUGCUGUGUGUUCGUGUUUUUCCCUAAUAUAGAAUAAUUUCUAUAUGUUCGUUCCAUACAGUUACUACAUAUUCGUGCCUCGAAUCAUUCGUAUAUAAAAUAUUUAAACUCAACUAGAACUCUGUAAAUUUUUAAUAGUUAUUACCCCGAAAAAACGCUCACAUUUAGUUAGUCGUUAGAUGAUGGAAUGAAAGUUAGCAGCUUCACUGUGUGGCGACACAGUUUAUUUUUGUUGCCGUUUACUCGAAUAUUAUCGAUUCGUUUAUCAGGUACACUUAUUAACUAGCAACAAUGUACUACGAAUGUUGCAAUAUAGAAUCUGCUACUUUAAUAGACUACCAUUGUGCAAUUUAUUAAAGCAUUCAUAUACUCCCAAAGGUCGAACUGAGGUCAUCGAUAUUAGUUAUGUGUAUUAAAAGUAUAAGCACAAUAAAUCCGUCGUUGUUAGUUCAAAAUACUGAGUGUAUAAAUAGAUUAAUUAACCUAUGAAACUAUAAAAAGGCAAGGGAUGUCAAAGAGACUCGAUCGUGUGUACUCGAAUGGUUAACAGUGUAGCUUUCUUGUGUCUUGUUACUUGAAAAAUAAGAUAUGUGAAUCCAGAACGAAUGCUUAGAAACGAAGAAAUAAAUUUUAUUUAUAAAGUUA